ACUGAAAUAGCAACAUUAAAACACCAUGGGAAACUGAGCUGACGAGUUCAAACUGAAGCUUGGGUCCAGUCUCGUCGCCGAAGAUGGAGUACGAUUCGGCAUCUAGCUGUGAGGACCGUCUACUGGACCUGGAGUCAUCGAAACGUCACCGAAAGCGCCUUGGAAAACGAUCCCUGCGGCUUUACCCCACCGACUCCUGCCCCCCGUCGAAAGACAGCCCCUCGAGUUCGAGCCAACAGCCUAUUCCCCCACGUGCAUCAGUAAAAAUAAUCGAGCGCUCCCUCUCUUCCCAAGUGAUGGAAUAUUACCACAAGUACUCACAGUCCUCCAACCUGGACCGUUACUUCUCAAUGCCAGGUUCAACCUUUAGCACCGAAGCCUACAAGAAUUACCUGAAGUCAACAGAUUCCCAAAAGCCUUGGGACCACCUUCAUCAAAAAAACCCGAUGAAUUCUGACAAUGCUUCAUUGAUACCAGACAUACCACGGGAACGACGUCGCUGGGUGCGUCCUCCACUGAUUGGUCAGCCCUCAGGAGCACCCGAGAUCCUUCCCACCACUUACCACGAUUCCCUGGAGUCGACAGGAGCGACACCAGAGCCUGAAGACAAGAUAAAUCCCCAGCAGGACUCAGAAAUCAUCACUGAGGACAGAUCAAAUCAGCGAAAGGAGAGUUCUUCCUUGGAAACAGCUGAUCGUGAAGCCAAAGCAGCGUCUCCAACGUCUAGUGUCACUUCUCACAAGCCCCUGGAAUGGGACAGUGGUGCAGACGUUGGAUACAAUGCCCUUACCAGGAACAAGGAGAAGGAUCGAAAUAUGCUGUGUACCAUUGAACGAAUGGCCCUCGCCAGGGGAUUGUGCUCAGCAGCUCUAAGAUUAGACCCUGAAGGCACCACUGGCUCCACAGCAGAUCCUGGGGGCACUCAGAAUAAUUCCCCCUCGAGAUCCAACAGAAGGCAAUCAAAACCAGACGCCCAUUCCACUCGAAUAAUCAACGACGCCUCUGAAUCCGAAGGAGAAAUCGAGAUAACUCCGAUCGUCAAGACGAAUCUCCCUGGGAUCAUCACUGGCAAAGUUACUGGCACUCAAGACAUCACCCUGAAGUCCCUAGUUCCCAGGAAAUUCUCGGAGGACAACGGAAAGGACAAUGAGAAAGAGACACCAAAAAUGGCGGAUACACCGAAGACCUCUCAACCAGGAAAAUACAAAUCUGCAAACGAGAGAUUUGCCAAAGCUCGUGAUCUCAAGGAUUUCCAGGAUUCUUCCAUGAAGAAGAGUGCUUCCAUGAAUGUUCUCGCAAUGCCUCUGAUGGCUGUAUCCCUGAAACGAAGUCAGAGUGAAUUGAAUUUGAGGGAGAACGAGGAGACCAAGAGAACCGGUCAAGGUCCCUUAAAUUUCGCCUCUACUUCAUCGAUAGUUACGAUUGUCAAUAAGCCCCUGACCUGUGACAAGGACAUACAAACGACCUUCCAAGAGACGCUCAGAAAGGAAUCAAUUGGUAUCCAAGUGUCCUCUAUUGAGGAUGAGGAGAAAUCAGUAGAUGCGUCAAAAUGUCAGGACAACUCUCCAGAGAAUUCCAAUGAUUCAAAUAACUCGAACAAUUCAAACAUUUCGAAAAAAUCCCAAAAAUCAAAAUAUUCAAACACUUCAGAAACUUCGCAUCCCUUGAACAGCAAGUCAUCUCCCCAGGAAGAUGAUAAACCGCCCCUUCCGAAGAGAAUUAGCAGUCUGUCCCAACGUCCCCAAUCGAUCCUGAAGAAUUCGAGGAGUGAUUCAACCCAGAGCAAAAAGGACUCUCGAUCGGACAGAAAUACUUCCUCAGAAACGCCAUCCGAGACCGAUGCAGGUCGUGCGUCCCACAGUUUCGAGUAUUUCCCAGGUCACGUGUACCAGAAUGUCCCAGGUGAGAGCACCUCCCACGUGUCAUCAGUCGACACUCGACACUCUCACUCGACAAUGCCAAACACAUCCUCGAGCCUCGACGAGAAACUCUGGGGUGACUCGGACAGCCUCCUCCAGGAUCUCGAACGAAGCCUCAACAUCCUGAAGAGUCUCGUCGACGCCAACAAGUGCGAUAAACACGUGAAAAAACGAUUGAUUCAUCACGUCAUAAAAAGACUAGUCUCCGCCAAAUACACAGACGACAAGAUCUCGCACGAUCUUGAGGAGACAGUACCCUGGAAUCCCGACAAUGCACGAAAUAAAGUCUACAGAACUGAGAUUAUCCAGGCUCUGGCUAAAAAGCAGAAGCCAUCGAACAGUACAGAGGAGUCCUCUGAAGAGUGGAAGCCGAGGAAGUCGUCGUCCUUCUCGAAUAAGCCUCAGGAUAACUCCAGGGUCCUCAAGGAGAUGAUUCAGCUAGUGGCAAGCAGUGAGAAUAGCGAUCUGUUCGAGGGAAGGCAUACGGACAGGACAGAUGGCAUGCAGGAUGGGAGAAAAGCAAGAAUGGGGCUGAGGAGUGAGGACAGACAUCGACAUCUCCAGCGAGAGGUACCCCUGGACACUGAGAAGAGCGAGAGCUCAGAGUGUUUCCUACCCCAGCAAAUCCCUUACAAGAGCAACACUGAUAACAAGAGUGGAGCUGGUAAGACAGCACAGUCCAGUGGAAAUACAACGACUCAACGACGAAGAGGUGGUGAUGACAAGAUGGAUUGGAGAUUACCUACUACCAUGUCUGAGAGAAGAUUUGAGCUCGAGAGGUGCAACUACAGGGCUGGAGCUACCACGAGAUUAAUUGAUUACGUCGAGAUGGAGAAGAAGAAUCAACUGGUGUGGAUCAGCAAUGAAAUCGAUCAUCUCUCGAACCUAAAAAAAUUGCUGGAGGAACCUAAGAGGUACAGCAGGAGUUGCAAGGGCUCGAGGAAGAGUGGUAAUGAGGAGAAGAUCGACUCCGAUGAGUACUCAGAGAGAAUCAAUGACGAAUGGUCCUCGCAUGGGAAUCUGGCUGAUAGGAUGGAGGUGGGGACCAGGAAGAAGAACAGUUGCACUCAGACUCUGGGCCAAGGGAUUUCCAAGGAGGAAAAAGAGAGCGACAUUGUCGAUGGGAUGGAGGGCUUGAUGAGGGAGUCAGGGGGGGAGGUUGUCAGUGAUUGUGGUGGUGGGAUCACGGAGUCCUCGAGGGGUCCAUCGCCCUCGUGGUCACCCAGGCGAAAUUGUCUCGUUCAUGGAAACAAGAGGGGUGUCUGCAAGUGUCAGAAACCAAAUUCUUCGUCCUCGGAUGCUGGGGGAAUGGGGCUCAUCAGGGGAACUGGGGGAAAUGGGGAUAGGAGGCCUCGGGAGAAGGUUGGACAGGGAUCGAAUAAGGUAGAUACCAAGAAAGAGGCGAAGAACAGGUUGAAUGACAAGUGCAGAUCUGAGUUCAGCGUCACUGAGUAUCAGGAGGAGUUCGUUUCCAGGGGAAAAAGCCACUGCAGGGGCUGCAGGUGUGGGGGGAAUGUUUCUGGAGGUGAGAGAGCUCCGGGGAAAAAUAAUGGGGAGGUGAGGGACAGGACUCGUUCCAGGGAGAACAGAAAAUCUGAGGAGUGCACCUGCGAUGAGAAUUCACGGCGGGAUGAGGGCAGGGAGUUGAGGAGUUGUCGAACUUGUGGCACUGUCUACACAUCUGUGGAUAAGAAGUGUCAGUGCAAUUUGAGUUAUGUCAAACCAAUUGCUUAUGAGUUGAAUUUUAAGGAGCCGAGGAGUCCACAGGGGAGGAGAGGCUCUUCCUCGAGGGGGGAGACAACCAAUUCAGAGGGACACUCUUGUAAAUCUGACAAUUGCUAUUGUCAACCUCCACAGCCUCAACUCAAGGAUUAUUUGACCAAAAAUAAACCAGAGUUUGUUGAUAACGUGGAGACCAGGAAGAGAUACAUGUCAGAAUUGUCGCAGCUGAGGCAAUUGAAGAAGGAGAAGAGAAUGCAAUUCCUCGCUGUAGCUUCACCAGGUAGUUUAAUUGCAUCACCAAAAAAUGUCAAAGCAACUGGUAAGACCCAGAAAAAAAUCAGCGAUGAGGAGAUGAAGAUGAGAUUACGCCAUCGGUACCUGAGGCUCAAUGAGGUGAGGAAUAAACGACGACAGAAGGAGAAGGAUGAGGCUGCCAAGAGAAAUCACCUCAUGGCCAAAAUAUUCUGCAAAAAAUUGCAGCAAAAAGUUCUUAGGGGAGACGUUGAUCUGUCACAAAGUGUUAGUGUUAUUUCGAAUUUAUAACAAUGUGAAAUUGUUUGAGGUGGAGAUAUUUAAUGUGAAAACUAUUAUACAAAUUAGAUAAGUACCCACCGAAAUAAUGCUCGUUCAGCAUCAUAGGUUUAUUGUGUGUUGGAUUUUUAUAAUUCGUAAGUUCUGUAUUCUCGAGUGACCUUCCAGUUUUAAGUAGAUUAAUAGAUGCUAGAGCAUAGACUGAAAUAUUUUUUACUACAAUGGCAUGUAAUUUCUGAUUGAAAUACAUUUUUUUGAUA